AUCAUCGCCAGGAUGCGACAUGAGCGACGCCUGUGGGGUCGUCUUGGGACCCUCUAGGGACCUCUGGGAGUCGAAAGGCGGGCGUCAGAAGUCCUUGGGCGGGAGCAUGCAAAGUGAUGGUCGCCAACGGCGGGACAGCCCCCGCCCAGCCAUGCGUGGACCACAUCGUGGCGCCAACGGCCACCAUUUUUCUAGGAUGCCCACUGCCGUGCGCAGCAAUCAAAAUAAAAAAAUGCCCAGGGACGCCGGGCUGGUCGCAGCAGGGGGCUGGUCGCCACCAUUCUAGGACUGGAGCACGCGGCAGGACAGCCCCGGCAACACGUGGACCACAUCGCGGCGCCAACUACCACCGUUCUUCUCAGAUGGCCACCGCCGAGCAAAAUAUUCAAAAUUAUAUGCAAAGUAUUCAAAACAUGGCGAAGUAUUCCGAAUAAUCGAAAGCAUAUUCAAUCCGCGUCUUCGAUAAUGAGCGCAUGGUUGCUUACUGGAUUGAACGGCCCAAAAUUUGUGAUGCAACACAGCUUGGCCAAGAGCCACCAGGACCCUCGAGACCGCGCACGGAUGACGGAGGACCCCGCCACCAGAGAGGCCAGGUAGCAAAAGGCGGCGCUAAGAUGCGGCCGUGAGACGAAUGCCCAGAGAAUAGUAUCAACAAAGCGAUGCGUGAGGUACCGACAGGGGUAGCGUCGUCAUGAACGCCAUCGUGCUUGCCAACGUCAGUAUCGGCGGCGUCAGCAUCACAGCCAUCACCCAUGACCAAUGUCAUCAGCAUCGCCAGAGCUAUCGCCGCGAUCAGUGGACAUUGUCGAAGAGCCCACGAUCGCGGAAGAAACUGCAAAUGAAGGGCGCCAAGUACGAGCUGCCGACGUCAGUGAGAUGAUGCGCGUCGUCGUAUGCUAGGAAACCAGUGUCGGGGAUGAACGGGCUGCAGAACUCCCUUAAAGGAAAGAAAUAUGGCAGAAAGAUUAUGUGUCAGAGGUCUCGCGGACUUCUGAGAUCGGCGCUGGGCCCACCUCCCUGGCGCGCAGAGCGCGCCAGGAGCGGCGCCACAGGCGCCGCCAGGGGAGCCUGGCGCCAGUCCGAGAAAUCCGCGAGGGGCUCCCAGAAACUAUUUUUAUGCAGUUUCUGUUACUCCAAAUCUUGUAAUAAAAUGGAGGGGGUCACAACCCUCCCAGACGAGCAGUUCUAGACCCCAAUCCUCCCAGACGGGCAGUUUUGGAACCCCCCCAGACCAGGAGGCAUGAGAGGGCGGCCUGUUGCCCAGACACCGCGGAACCCUCCAAGACAACUCAAAUCAGACCCCCAAACGAAUCAGACCUCCUCCCUUUUGUGAAAUUCGGAGUACCCAGUUCCUGUUGCAGAACAGCUCCUCCACCCCAAAAUACAGCCAGCCUGUCUCCGCCCUCAGGGCUUGCAGGAUCGGAGUCCGCAUCACAUCGCUCCUUUCAGGGAAACAGGCCGGUCUUGGAACCAACACGCCGAGGCAGCGCCGAGGGUCGAAAGGAAACGUGUGCUGAUCACCGAACACAACGAGCGCCGCGCCUCUGGAGUUGGCGAUGGCGCUCCACUCUCCUAAGAAAUCGAGAUCCACCACGGUGCCAUCGGCACGCUGGGGUGUGGAAGGAUGCCUGUCAGCUUGCCUGCAAGGCGUCCGCAGUUUUCCAGGGGACACCCCCUCCGCCGCAGAUGGUCUCGAGAAUCCUCUCCUACCUUUCGCUCCCCGGCGCUCGUCUUGGCCCAAGGACGGCUCCAGGACAGCGAAAGGCCGCCCCAAGGAGAGUGCAACAUGCAUCGAAACUGGCACCAUACCCUCACGCCAACGCAGCACUGCUUAUCAAACAGCCCCAGCACUGGUCUUCAGCGUCUAUUCGGGGGAGCUCAGAAGAAUCACCCCGCAUAGGUUCCGAUGCCGCGCUGGCACGGUGGUGAAGUUGGCCGCAGGCAGCUGGAUACCUUCUGACGAACUCCUCGUCAGCAUUGAUUGUCGGAUUGUUGAUGAAGAAACUAAA